AUGCGGGUGAAAGAGCCAUCCAGCACUUUACCUGUGAAAGCCAAAAGAAAUAAAAGGCUUACGAUACCUCAGGAUGAAGACUCCUCAGAUGACAUUGCUGUAGGUUUAACUUGUCAGCAUAUAAGUCAUUCUGUCAGUCUGAAUCAUGUGAAGAAAGCAGUAGCUGAAAAUUUAUGGUCAGUCUGUUCAGAAUGUUUAAAAGAAAGGAAAUUCUAUGAUGGACAGCCAGUACUUCCGUCUGAUACUUGGUUGUGCCUCAAAUGUGGUUUUCAGGGAUGUGGUAAAAACUCAGAAAGCCAGCAUUCUCUGAAGCACUUUAGGAGUUCCAGAACAGAGCCCCACUGCAUUGCUGUUAGUCUGAGCACAUGGAUAAUAUGGUGUUAUGAGUGCAAUGAAAUAUUAUCUCCACAUUAUAAUAAGAAGGUUUUGGCUCAAAUAGUUGAUUUUCUUCAGAAACAUGUUUCCAAAACACAAACAAGUGCAUUUUCUAGAAUCAUAAAACUUUGUGAGGAAAAAUGUGAAGCAGGUGAAAUAAAGAAGGGAAGAAAAAGCAACAGCGUGACACUUGUGAAAGGAAUCACCAAUUUAGGAAAUACUUGCUUUUUUAAUGCAGUCAUGCAGAAUUUGGCACAGACAUACAUUCUUACUGAGUUGAUGAAUGAAAUCAAAGAAAAUGGUACAAAAUUAAAAAUCUUUCCUUCUUCAGAUUCUCAGCUGGAUCCAUUGUUGGUAGAACUUUCAAGCCCUGGCCCACUGACUUCAGCCUUGUUCCUGUUUCUUCAUGGCAUGAAGGAUACUGAAAGAGGGCCCCUUUCUCCUAAAGUUCUUUUUAACCAGCUUUGUCACAAGGCUCCUCGAUUUAAAGAUUUCCAGCAGCAGGACAGUCAGGAGCUUCUUCAUUAUCUGCUGGAUGCAGUGAGGAUAGAAGAAACAAAGAGAAUACAAGCCAGUAUUCUAAAAGCAUUUAACAACCCCACUACUAAAACUGCUGAUGAAGAAACGAGAAAAAAAGUCAAAGCAUAUGGAAAAGAAGGUGUGAAAAUGAACUUCAUAGAUCAGAUAUUUAUUGGUGAAUUAACCAGCACGGUCAUGUGUGAAGAAUGUGCAAAUAUCUCUACCAUGAAAGAUCCUUUCAUUGACAUUUCACUUCCUAUAAUAGAAGAAAGGGUUUCAAAACCUGUACUGUUGGGAAGAACGAGUAAAUACAGAAACUCACAGGAAACAGAGCCUGGUCAAUACAGUGGCACUGUCACUGCAGAAAAUACUCAUCAACCCAAAGCCACUAAGAAACAUUCUGCAUUUAAAGAUAAGAAUCAACAAAUUCAUGACCGAAAGCAUAUAAGAAAAUUGUCAUCUGGAGAAGCGAAAACUGUUGUCAUAUACCCGAAAAAUGAAAACGUUGAUAUAAAUGGGAAUGCCUCAGUGUCUUUCGCAAGCGUCGUGAAUAUGGAGUCAACUCUAAAUGAAAACCUUACCGACGGAAGUGAAAAAGAAGCUAGCCAUUCUGAAAGUAGCAUUGAUGCUGAUAGUGAGGCCUCAGAAUCUGAAAGUGCUUCAAAGCACACUGUGUUGUUUAGAUCCAGCAAUGUGCCCUGUGUACAAACAGCAAGUGAAUCGCACUCCAUCAAGGAAACUGGCAGUGGUGACGAGGGAAUGGCUGAUGCUGUUUCUAAACUCCAUUUGAGCAGCACUGUAACUGGCGUGGGAGACCUUGACAGAGAUAAUCAACCACUAAAUAUUCCAAAUAAAUUCUGUUUUUCAGAGAAGCAUAUGUCUCACAGCCCCCAAAAUGCUUUUCAGACCCUCUCUCAGAGCUACGUAACUUCUUCUAGAGAAUGUUCAGUUCAGUCCUGUCUCUACCAGUUUACAUCUAUGGAAUUACUAAUGGGGAAUAAUAAACUUCUUUGUGAGAAUUGUACUGAAAAGAAACAGAAACAUGAAAAGGAAACCAACUCUGCAGAAAAGAAAGCAGAAGGGGUUUAUACUAAUGCCAGGAAGCAACUGCUCAUUUCUGCUGUUCCAGCUAUUCUGAUUCUCCAUCUUAAAAGAUUCCAUCAGGCUGGUUUGAGUCUUCGAAAAGUGAACAGACAUGUAGACUUCCCGCUCAUGCUUGAUUUAGCACCUUUCUGUUCUGCUACUUGUAAGAAUGUGAGUCUAGGAGAUAAAGUUCUCUAUGGUCUCUAUGGAGUAGUGGAACAUAGUGGCUCGAUGAGAGGAGGCCACUACACAGCUUAUGUGAAAGUGAGAACACCCUCAAAGAACUUACUGGAACAUAUUACUGGAAAGAAAAAUGUAUCAGGUUUGACUGAAUCUGGGAGUGAAUCAACAGAACAGUGGGUUCAUGUUAGCGACACUUAUGUGCAGAUGGUUCCAGAAUCAAGAGCACUUAGUGCACAAGCAUACCUUCUUUUUUAUGAAAGAGUAUUGUAA